UAGGGUAGUAUGAAAAGUGGUCAAACUGAGGAGACGUAUGUGAAUGAUGGUCGCAACACCAGUCUCGCUCUUGGUGACAUCUGGUAUGUAGUGAGCCAGAAGUGGUAUGACCGAUGGAACCGCCACGUGAAGUACGAUGGUGAUCAUCCUGGUCCUAUAGAGAACCAUGACAUCCUACUCAACGCAGAAAUAUCGGAAGUACGAGAUGAGAUGCUGGAGAACAUAGACUUUGUGUUUGUUCCCUUGGAGUGUUGGAAUUUUUUAGUCAAAAAGUACGGAACAUCGACCGAAAACACUGCCAUUAAACGUCAGGUUAUAGAAUUUGGGGAAUUCUCUAAACAGCUCAAGAUAGAUCUCUCCGGUGUAAAGAUCGAGAUGGUAUUUGGUGAGAUAAAGAUGAAGAGAAUCUUGAGUAAGAGUGAUACUGUUGAAAACUUGAAGACGGUCAUGGACGAAAUCUUCCACGUAAAAGACACUGAAAGACGACUGUGGCUUAAGAAGCUACCAAAUAACUUUAUUCUUUUAAAAGAUGAUCAAGAUAAACUGGAGAACUUCACACUAAGUGGAGAUAAUUUGGUUGUGAUACUGGAGACGAAACAAAGCGAUGGAACUUGGAGCGAAAAAUACAGCUCUGCUGCUAAAGUUCAAACCAACUUUGAGAGAAACUCAUCAUCUGCUUUUGGAUCAAGCAAAUUCUACCUCAGUCUCAACCACAGAACCGUGGACACAGACACGAUAUCGACACGGAGCAUGACCCAGGCUAAUCUGACGCGGAGUGUGAGCGGAGGGUUGGUGGGGCUCAACAACUUGGGGAACACCUGCUUCAUGGCUUCUGCUCUGCAGUGUCUCAGUAACAUUCCUGCUCUUACCCAGUUCUUUAUCAGUGACGCUUAUGAGAGUGAAAUCAAUGAAAAGAACCCUAUUGGAAACAGAGGGGACUUGGCCCGAGCAUACGGGGACCUCAUGAAACAAAUGUGGUGUGGGAACAGUAGCACCGUCGCCCCUCGCCACUUCAAGUCUGUUCUUGGUCGCUGUGCACCCCAGUUCAGUGGUUACCUCCAACAAGACAGUCAGGAACUGAUGGCCUUCCUGCUGGACGGCCUGCACGAGGAUUUGAACAGGAUCACCAACAAACCGUAUAUCAACCAGGAGGACGCGCCCGAGAAUACCGCUGACAGUGUAGCAGCACAGCGAUCAUGGGACAACCACAAGAAACGAAACGACUCUAUCAUCACCGACCUUUUCCACGGUCAAUACAGAUCUAGGCUGGAAUGUCCGGAUUGUAUGAAAGUCAGCAAGAUUUUCGACCCGUUAAUGUACAUGUCCGUAUCACUGCCGAGAAAAGAAGAAAAGAUACGAGAAAUAGAUCUUAUCUGGUUAGAUCCUGAGAGACGGAGAACUCGAUACAAAAUAAUAACACCCCGAGAAGGACAAGUUAUAGACCUGCUAUACUCGGCUGAGAAAGUGUGUGGACUCUCAGCUGACAGGAUGAUGUUGUGUGAACUUUCUCAGUCUAUCAUUGAGUCGACUAUAAGUCCAACCCAGAAACUAAGAGAUAUCAGGGAUGGCAGAUAUUCACUCUGUAUUUUCGAGCGGGAACCUCAACUUCCUGUCAUCAAAGUUUACAACGCUUAUAAAGGGUACACGUCCUACUUGAAGUACUUCGGGAACCCACUACUCAUGCAAGUACCCAAGAGGGAAAUGUCUUACAAAGAAUUCGUCAUCGCACUUUAUAUGAAAAUGAGUCGGUACGUACAGCUCACAGACGAAGCCUUACAAAGUGAGGAAACACUUCCCUUUAAGAUUAAAGCAGUGAACCAGUUCGGAGUGGAACAGUCACAUGACUUGUGUGACGAGGACGAUAAUCUCUCUGUAACCAUGUCCUCCGGCAAACCUGUCGCUUACAUCGCUCUAGUGUGGGAUAUGGAUGCCAAAGACGAAUAUUUCAAACUUGACGAAUGUAACGCUGUUGAUUAUCAUGAUAGUUACCGGACAACUAAAGCACGUAAGAACGAGGUGAACCUGGAGGACUGUAUUGAGAUGUACUGCAAACAGGAGACACUAAACGAGGACAAUAUGUGGUGGUGCCCUAAUUGUAAGGACUUCAAGCAGGCCAGCAAGAAGUUGGAUUUAUGGAGGUUACCCAAGGUCCUGGUUAUCCAUCUCAAGCGAUUCUGUUAUUCGAGGCAUUGGCGUGACAAGAUUGAAACUAUGGUCAAAUUCCCCCAUCACGACUUAUCUUUAAAGAAAUUCAUGUUAUCAACGGAUCAGAGUGACGUAAAGUAUGACUUGAGGGGUGUGGUUAACCAUUACGGCGGUCUGGGCGGCGGUCAUUACACCGCUUACUGUCACAGUGUCGCCGACGACAAAUGGCAUGUGUACGACGAUUCUCACGUGGCUUCUUGCACUUCAGACAAAUGUAACUCUCCCUCUGCAUACGUUUUGUUUUACACACAGCAAGAACCGGACCGAAUAAAUGGUUCAUCGAAUGGGUUCGAACCAAUGGAUGUCAAUUAAGGGAUUGUUUUGGGAACUUUCGGGACUUUUCUAGUUUCGUAAAAUAUUUGUGCUCUCGUUUUCGGAGAGUGUGAAGUGAGUUGUGUAAUGUGUAUGUUGUCAACCACUUCUUUGAAUGGGAGGAAGAACUGUGAAAAUGAGAAUUUGUCUCUCGGGACGGAUGGAAUGUGUAUAUUUUGAUACAUGCUGAUUAAAGUAUUUCAAUUUGUAUAAUUUCAGUCUUCGUUUGAUGAAAAACGGAGCAACGCGUGGAUUUCUGCAGAAAAUUAUUUCAAUUCUGCAAUGAUUUAUGUUGAAUCAUAGACGUGUUACUGUUAGAGGAUUUUCUAUCUUAAUAGGAUUAGCUUAGGAUUAUGUUAAGUCGGAGAGGGAUAUUUUUUAAUAUUGAUGAUUUGUGGGUUUCUUGGCUGUGGUAGAUCUUCUUGGUUUUGUUAUUUUAUUAUUGGAUUGUAUUGAAAAAGGGGACCUUCUUUCAAAUGAGGUAUCUAAUAACACAUUCUACGGGUGCUGAAUAAGUUUUUUAGUUAUCGAAAAUUGUUUCCAAUGGAACAGCCGCCUUCACGAGGAACUGUUUCCUAAUUAUUUGGUUUACGUGACGAGCAUUUGACAAGGUAGUGUUAAAAUGAGUUGCUAGUUCAAGUUGGUUGAUGCUUGGUCAUCUGUUAGCUCCUUUGACUUUGUUGCGAUUGUUUUACAUGUGUCUAUAAGUAAGAUAUUUAACUUGUCUGGAUUUGGGUUGAUUAGACAGAUUACGCUUAUGGAGUUAUGAUGUAUCAUGUGUUUCUCGUUCACUGUUCAAGGAAUCCCAAACAUCUUUAAUCUUGACGUAGCUAGUGGGGGUUAAUGUAGUCCCUUUUUGCAUGAAUUUUGUCUAAAAAAUAUUCUUUCAGAUCACUUACAAUAUGAAUAACGCCAAUAUUUCACUUACGAUUCGUCGCUCUCCUGUGAAUGUAUUUUAACCUCUAAUGCCCUUGAUCAAUGAUUGUGAAGCUCGAGAUUAUGUCAUAAUAACAUUCUUCGAAAGAUGAAUGAAAAUCGUGUUUUGAUACUUUCUUGUAAUGCUAACGUUA